AUGGACAACGAAUUCACUGAUUUCUCUUUGGAUAAAUUUGGUACCACGGAAUAUUACAUUAAUAACCAUAAUCACAAUUCAAAUGAUACUGUAGAAGAUCCAUUCUAUCUUACACAUAACCAUGAUUCUAAUGAUAACGUAAAACCGAGCAUACUAAACCCUGCUAAUGCUAGUUCUUGCAUCCCUGCUAGUUAUUGGCAGCAGCAAAUGGAAUACAACGAUUCUCAUUUGGACAAUUCCCGAUCUUCCAUGAUGAACGAGAAUCUCAUAAUCAAAGAACUGGGCGUCGAUGAUUCUCCUCAGAAUGAUAAUGAGAUAACUUCUAUUGAUGAUAUUACUAAACUCACUGAAGGUGAACUCACUACCCAUACCCAUGAACCAUACAAUCUAAAUUACGAUUCUAAAACGGACCUACAAAAUGCAUUUGAUACAUUUUACCAUGAUUUUUCACUGUUUACUCCUACGGAAACUUUACCUGAAUCACAGCCAUGCACUAUUGAUUCCUCUGGCCACCUUUUCAACCACAAAUUUGAUAUAUCAAACAAUGACUCGUAUUACCAAUCCAACGAAUACCUCAACACAUUGCCACAAUCCUUCGGGCAUUGGACCAGAACUUCUCAAACUAACAACUGUUCAAUGGAAGAUAAGCAUCGGGAUGAUGACAACAAUAAAUUAUCUACCCAGCUUUCCACAUUUCUAAAUCCAAUAAACUCCGACAACGUGGACAACAGUGGUCAUUUAUACCUUGAUAUCAACGCAUCGAAUACGAUGGCAACAGAGUAUAUGCACUCAAAUCAACCAUCUGGCAAACCAUUUGACCCCCUAACCCUUCUCAAUAGAGUCAAGUUACGCGAUUCAACAGCGCAAAUUGCAUUGGCGCAGAUUUUUAACGAAGCACAAGAACAGAAACAAACAUUGAACAAUGUACUGGAUUCAUUAUUUGAUAAUGUAGGAUAUGAAGGUAAUCUUUUGGAGGGCGACUUCAAAUUUCCUUUCAUAUCGGAUAGUUUGUUAACUGCAACUAUUUCAUAUUCAGUAAGGACGGCAAAUGACGAAAUCCUUUCAAUACUUGUAUGUUACGCAAUCACUAAUAAGGUUAAUUUACGUGCAGAUUUGGUGGCAGAUAUAAUUGAUAUUUUCUUCAAAUCAUUAAGGUACUCUGACGCCUACAAACUCAUAGAUUAUUGUUAUAAUGACAAAACAAAGCUCGACAGCAUCCUCAAAACUGAUAAUUUUCAGCACAUGUUCAACAUGUGCAAGGAAAUUACAGUUGAUAACAAGAUUAGUUUUGAAAUAUAUCAAUAUUUGUUACAGUGCAAUGGUGAAAAGGAGAUUUUAUGUAAGAUAGUUGAAUCCAUUGAUGAGGCAAUUGAUUCUGAUUCUCAUUUGGCUUCACUGCUCAGGACAUCAUCCAUUCCAUUUAUUAUCAGAUUAUUUGUGGAAAGGGGGGAUUUGAAUAAGUUAUCAUAUUAUUUGAAGAUAUAUUUGUCGAAGCCAAGCCCUUCUACACACGAUUUGGUUGAGAUAAUCGACGUCAUACUGGAGACGAAUAGAGCCCAACUUCAGUCUGUUGUACAACAAAUAUCAGAGUCUAACUCUUUUGAUUUGACCAUUUUGCUGUAUAUUUUCACAUUUUUGCAUUUGAAAAAUAAGUCCAAUAUCAUUCAUAUGAUCUACGCCGACGCCAUUGAUAAGCAAAUCCAAAACAUUCCAUCUGACCUUAAAGCAGUACUUACCAGCCUUUCUAUACCAAUAUUUUGUUUUGAUUUUGCGCCUCAGUAUAUUUCCGACUUGCUAGAUUCAAUUCUGAGGAUCUAUGAUACAUGCAAUAAUAGUUUGGUCAAACGCGCCCGGGCCAUAACCUCGGUUCAUCCUGCAACGGCUAUGAAUGAGGUCGACAUUUCAAAUGAUGUGGCAAACGAAGGAGAUUUUGAUGAUUUAGCGAUAUCCGAGCUGAAACGAAUGUCAUUGACUCCUUCCGGAGUUGAUUUUGCUGAGAUUAAAUCUUUGAUAUUUUCGGACGAUUUUUUGCCUCGAAUCAUACCUUUGUUAACGAACGAAAAUAUAUUUUGCCUACUUCAACUAUCAAUAGCUUCUUUUGACAUAAAUUCAAUUGAAAAAAUAAGCUAUUCAAUCUCGCUUAAGGACAGCAAUGAUUUGAUUAUUGUUGCCAUGAUUAACAAUGCGUUGGUCAACUACGGUUAUGUUGAGAAGUCAAAGUCACUGCUUAAAAGGGCAGAGAAGCUGAUUUGCAAUGUAAGACUAAGGUUGAAUAAUAAGUAUCCAUCCAUGCCAACUGGUACUGGUUCUCCAAUUAGCGAUUCCUCUGGUAUUGGGGUCCGCACUGGUGGUACGAAAGAAGAUAAUUUCAAUUUUGGCGUCUCUGACUGUUCUGGUUCACACUUACCAUUGAAACUACGUGAUAUAUCAUGGGUUUCAUCUAUAAGUAACUUGUUGUGUUCCAAAGACCUAAGCAAUUCUGAGUCAUUUCACCUGUUAUCUUUUAUCUCCAGUUUGUACAGUCAUCCCUUCAUCGUAAGCACUGUGCUCAAGAAGUUCAUUGUGGCGCAUCACAUUUUGAUACGUAUGCUCAAAAGUAAAUUGCACAUAAAUCAAGCAAUGAUAUCUGCCAUAUGUCAAGUAUUGAAUAAUACCUGUUGCAUAAAUCAACUGCAACAACUACUUAUGAUGACCGAUUUGUUACAGUACCACAUGUCAAAUGACUUUUAUUCGGCUAUUUUGGAUGCUUGUAUAAGAAUUAAUUCACCUGAUCACCUUUUAGAGUCUGUUAAUAAAUAUAAAAAAUUUGGAUUCCACCCUGACCUCCAGACAUAUGGCUUGUUGAUCAAAUUCUUCAGUUCAUCAGACAAUGUGAUGGAGUGUUUCCACCUUUGGAACGAAAUGACGUCCCUUUACGGUUAUGAGCUGAAUGAAGUAACCUAUGGUUGCAUGUUUGAUGCAUUAGUCUCCAACAACAUGUUGGACGAGGCGUUGAGUUUGCUCAAAGACAUGAAGAAGAACUCUAAUAUUAAGCCAAAUACAAUUAUUUAUUCAACACUUAUAAAGGGGUUUGGGCAGACAAAGCAGUUAAACAAGGCGUUGAAUAUCUAUUUGACCAUGUUGGAUGAAGGAGUAGUCCCCAAUACUAUUACGUAUAAUUCUAUAAUUGAUGCAUGUGCUCGUGUUGGGGACAUGAAUAAAGCUGCCAAUUUGCUUGAGGAUAUGUUAAACAAUAACAUAGAACCUGACUUAAUUACUUUCUCAACCGUCAUUAAGGGAUAUUGCGUACAAUCUAACAUGGAUCGCUCCUUGCAACUACUUAGGGCGAUGUCUGAAAGAGGGAUUAAACCCGAUGGAAUACUAUACAAUUCACUUCUCGAUGGAUGCGUAAAAUCUGGCAGGCCUUGGUUAUGCCAACAACUUUGGGAUGAAAUGCAGGAGAACGGUAUAGCACCAAGUAACUUUACCCUCACUAUACUGAUUAAAAUGUAUGGAAGAUUAGGCCAACUAGACAAGGCGUUCCAGCUUAUGGAUGAGUUGCCCAGAAAAUAUAACAUCCAAACUAAUACGCAUGUAUAUACGUGCCUAAUGUCUGCCUGCAUCACGAAUGGCAAAUACAAAAUGGCUUUGGACGUGUUCAAUUGCAUGAACGGCAAUGGCAUAGUUCCCGAUUCAAAGACUUAUGAGACAAUAAUAUUUGGCGCAAUAAAGGGCCGUUUGCUCUACCAGGUGAUCGAUAUUAUCAAGGCUGCCUAUACCCUGAUGAGCCGAGGUAAUGGCACAGGUGGGCGGAUGAACAAAUCUAUUUUCAAGAUAGAAUCUAGGAUACUUAAGUUGUUUGCACAGAAAGUGGAGGCCAGUGGCGACCCUCUGCUGCUACAACAAGCCCAAUCAUUGGCAGAGAAUUUGAAAAAGUUCAACAUCAUUCUUCCCAUUCGUAGCAAUUUGGUCACACAAAAAACACAGAUUAAAAAGGUAUCUAACAGUAGGGCUGGCCAUUACGAUUCGUUUUUAUUGAAGAAUGUUACGCAGUCACUUAGGAAUGAUUGUACCAACAACUAUCGCCGAAACAGCGUUGGUGCCACAGUAUUUGCAAAUAAUGAUGGGUUUAAGGAUAAUAGUGUGAGUGAUUUUAGGGAAGGAAUAAAUUGUUUUGGAAGCGAUGAUAAUUUAAACAGUUUCAAAGAUGAACAUUUUAACGCACACACGCAAAGAAUGCACACUUUUGCAAGUGACAUUACAUGCAAUUACAGAAAUGAUGAGAGGAAUUUCCAAAAGGAAAACCGGUCGGCCUCCGGGGGAACUACGUUAAAGGGAGUCAUGUGGGAUAAGGAUAUAGGUGGUAAUAUUAACAAUGCGGCUUAUAGAUUUGACGCCUCGUCUAUACCAUACAGCGCUGAAAACGCUGCUAUAGGCUCCAUAAACAGCGUGUUCGGGGGUUCAUAUGCGGGUAAUGGUGAGGACCAUUUUUUAUCGAAGAACCCGCAGUAUUCCAUGCAGUUUAACCCCGCCAUGGUCCCUGCUUCGAAUUGUGGCAAUCGCAGGGGUAAGCUUAAAUUUUGA